GAAAGGAAGUCGGUGAUAUCGAACAUCGCAAGUGCGGGGGAGAUAGAGGGGUUUCGUGAAUAUCACGCAUGCGCAGUAUUAUACCGGCGACGGCUGUGGAAACAGUGGCCUAGCGACUGAAGGGAUUAAGGUGUCCGAUCUGACAGGCUACACAAUGAGUCAGGGUAAGGACAAUGCACGACUCAAGAGCUACAAGAACAAGUCUCUCAACACAGAUGAGAUGAGAAGGAGGAGGGAAGAGGAAGGACUGCAGCUGCGGAAACAGAAGAAGGACGAACAACUUUUUAAGAGGAGGAAUGUCGCCACCGUGGAGGACGACGGCGCCCUGGAGGACGAUGGAAUGGCCGAUAGCGGCUACCUGGAGUCCCAGGCUAACAACAUGGACCCACUUAUGGGUGGGGUGAUCUCUGAGGACAUGACUCAGAUGAUCUUCUCCAGCUCUCCUGAGCAGCAGCUAAUAGGUACUCAGCGCUUUAGGAAGCUUCUUUCUAAAGAACCCAACCCGCCCAUCGACGAAGUCAUUGCCACUCCAGGGGUGGUGGAGCGUUUCGUUGAGUUCCUGAAGAGAAGAGAAAACUGCACGUUGCAGUUUGAGGCUGCGUGGGUGUUGACCAACAUUGCUUCAGGCACGUCCCACCAGACACGGGUGGUCAUCCAGGCAGGGGCUGUGCCCAUAUUCAUAGAGAUGCUCAGCUCGGAUUUUGAAGAUGUACAGGAACAGGCAGUUUGGGCCUUGGGGAACAUAGCAGGAGACAGCACAGAAUGCAGAGAUUUUGUCAUAGACUGCAACAUUUUGCCUUCCUUGGUGCAGUUAUUGGCCAAACAGAAUCGUCUAACGAUGAUGAGGAACGCAGUGUGGGCGCUCUCAAACCUGUGCAGAGGAAAAAACCCACCUCCAGACUUCACUAAGGUGUCCCCGUGUCUCAGCGUGCUGUCUUGGCUGCUGUUUGUCAAUGACACGGACAUCCUGGCUGAUGCUUGCUGGGCGCUCUCCUACUUAUCUGACGGCCCUAACGACAAAAUCCAGGCCGUCAUUGACUCAGGAGUUUGUCGCAGGCUGGUGGAGUUGCUGAUGCACACUGAUUAUAAAGUGGUAUCUCCUGCGCUGCGGGCUGUCGGUAAUAUAGUCACAGGAGAUGAUCUACAGACGCAGGUGAUUCUGAACUGUUCGGCGCUGCAGUCCCUACUUCACCUCCUGAGCAGCCCCAAGGAGUCCAUCAAGAAGGAAGCCUGCUGGACAAUCUCCAACAUCACUGCAGGGAACCGAGCACAGAUACAGAUGGUGAUAGAGGCGCACCUGCUGCCUCCGCUCAUCAGCAUCCUGCAGGUAGCGGAGUUUCGCACGAGGAAGGAGGCAGCGUGGGCCAUCACCAACGCCACCUCGGGCGGCUCCGCGGAGCAGAUCAGGCUCCUAGUGGAAAUGGGCUGCAUAAAACCUCUGUGUGACCUGCUCACGCUGAUGGACUCCAAAAUAGUUCAGGUGGCUCUAAAUGGCAUAGAGAACAUCCUGCGACUGGGAGAACUGGAGGCCAAGAGAGGGGCUGGCAUCAACCCCUACUGUGCACUCAUUGAGGAGGCCUACGGCCUCGACAAGCUGGAGUUCCUGCAGGGCCACGAGAACCAGGAGAUCUACCAGAAAGCCUUCGACCUGAUCGAGCGCUACUUCAACACCGAGGACGAGGACCCGUCCCUGGCUCCGGCCGUCGACCUGCAGCAGCAGCAGUUCCUCUUCCAGCAGUGCGAGGCCCCGAUGGAAGGCUUCCAGCUAUAAUGCUAAAUCCUCCCUCCCCUGUGCUCCACCUUCAUCUUCACCUACGCUCACUUCUCCCACCCCUUUCUGCCACGAUUCAGGGUGACAGCAAACACCCUCUCCCUCCUCUUCUCAUUGCCAGGGAGGUUAAAUAAAAUCAUUAUUGUGAUUAUACGGAAAAAUGUAACAGGAGCACACGUGUGCGUACGUCCAGCAUGGGUCAAGUUCUGCAGUCUUAUCAGCCAGUUUGUGAAGGUUUCACUCGUCAUUCUGUCUUGCACCGACUUUCUCAGCACCUGAACCCUUCCCACCUGCUCAGGCCACAGCGUCUCCUACUAGCAGACUGUUCCUCUAACACCACCUGUGUUACUUCUUUUUGGAUUUCCUCCUCACCUCAUCCAAAAUGAAAAGGACCCCCCCACCUCCCCUCCAUGUUCCCGUAGGAUUGGCAGUCACCACCUCCGAGCGAGUGGGAGUAUUUGGACUGCACUGCUUGUCUGAUUGAUGCAUUAAUGACUGGCAAGACAGACAAACAUGGACGUGAUUUUUUAGACCCCCCCCUCCUCCCACACGGAGAAGAAUGAUCUAACCUAAACACUGGACUGACCAUGAGACAUCGACCACGUGUGUGGUCACUGGACUGAACCCACGUCGGGGGCCAUGUGGCCAGUCCAACACCAAGGACUCAACUGACCUCCUCAAAAGGCACCUAAACGACUCCGACCACAGGUGGACCGAUUAGAAACUAGACUGCGUCGCUGGGGGGCUGGAGCUCGCCAGCGACAAACCAGGCUGCUUGCAUUCGCUCCUGGAUCUCAUAUCAUGCAUUCCUCUAUCCAAUGGGACUUCUCCACCUGCACAGGCUCCAUUCUGAAGAGUGUAGACUGCCUCCUGCCUUCUGGUGUGAUGUGAAUAACCCCAUGGAACCAUGGGAAUUGGAGUCUUCCCUCGCACUGAGACAAUUGGACAGACUUGGACUAGACAAAACAAGACUAUUUAACCCUGGAUUUCUGUCCAACAGCAGACCAGUGGGGAUUUUUAUUAUUAUCUUAACCAUAAAUCCAUUUCAUUUCAUUUGCAGCACUUUAGUUCAGGGCUGAUGCCUCAUCGACAGUAUACCACAGUUUUUGACAUUCGCUAUUCGAAUCGGUCGACGACGCGGCUCUUCCCUCCUACGGAAGCGAGGUUUGAAGAGGGCUGCUCGGUUUUCCUCGUUCCCCUUCUGCUAUGACAAGGAUAACACUGUUUACCCUCUCCCCCCCCCCCGUCCCCCAUAAUAUAUAAUGGGUCUCAAACAGAUCGGGGACUGAAACUGUUUGCGCACACACUUAAUCACAAUCGGAGGAUCACGCCGCCUCAGCGAAGCUUCUAGAAUUUUAUUGUGACUAAAGUAACUUAAAGUAAUUAGACUCUAAUUGGGUAAUUGCCGGUUCAUCUAUGCGCAGUUUAAAAAACGUGACAUGUUCAGGUAGUAUUUUUGCGAUUUGAUCAUGCCAAACACACACAUACCAGCGAUUAGGACCAAAGGUGGUCUUUUUUUUUUCUUUUAACAAGCUAUUUUUAAUUGGAUGUUAGCAUCUGUCAUUUACCUGAUGGUGCCAUAAUCCUUAUUCUGCAAAAA